CGCCCUCCACCAAUCUUCUUCCCAGCCAUUUAUUUCUCCUGCGACCACUUUUGUUUUUCAUUAUGCCUUCAGUUGUAUUGUAGCUACAUAUAGACCUAAUUUCCUUUUCCACUGAUAAAUACUCAAAAAUAACAAAACAUAUUUGCUUCUCCCGUUUGUUGUUUCCUCAAGUUUUUAAUUUUCUUGUUUUUCUAGUUGUCAGUUCCACCAAAUACACAAAAAAAGGUCAUUCACUGCUCCGACUAUUGAGAUUAGUAAAUCUAGUUGUUCAGAUCGAUCAUCUGUUGACAUUCAUAUUACCCACAUACAGUGCAAUAUUCUUCCACCAGCCUUCAGUUUAAGGGUUGCUGAAUAUUGUUCUUGUGAUCUUCUAAGAUCCUGCACGUGCCAAGUUACUCCGUGUUCCUUUUGGUCAAAGCAUCUCAGAAGGGCAGAGCUGAUCAUCUGAGAGAGGCUCAAUGGAUAGCACAGCGCAGACCAUCCUGAGCAAUGUAGGUCAGCUGGUGGGCAAAGAGUUUCAAAAGCUUCGGGCCAUCGGCGGCGAGAUUGAGGAGCUCAGGGAUGAACUCUCCACCAUGCACGCCCUACUGCGCAUGCAGACUGAAGCGGAAGACGGUGCCGUGGACCACUUCAUUCGGGAGUGGAUGCGGCAGGUGCGCGAGCUCACCUACGACGCCGAGGACUGCGUCGACCUCUACAUAUUCCGCAUUAGGUCACGUCCCCGCGACCGCUUUCUCCUAUGGUCCAAACGCCUGGUUGCGACACUUUUCCCUCGACAUCGCCUUGCUGGUAACAUCAAGGCUCUCCAUGAGCGUGCUGUCUCCAUUAGCGACCGCCAUGCUCGCUAUGGUGUCGGCCGGGAGGCGCUGCGAAGGUCUCCGUCGACAGCCCUGACAAUGGCAGCAUCGUCGGCCGCGCGAGGCAUACGCUCUACCGACCACACUGGUCAGAUUGUGGGCAUGGAGGACCAGGCAAAUGCCCUUGCAGAGAAGGUGAAGGCAGGGGUGUAUGAAAAUGGAGCAGAGCGUGACAUGAAGCUCAAGGUGUUCUCCAUUGUGGGGUUUGGGGGGCUUGGAAAAACAACACUGGCCAUGGAAGUGUGCCGACAGUUGGAGGUAGUGUUCUACCGACAAGCGCAAGUGUCGGUGUCUCAGAUGUUCAACAUGGGGGAGGAUCUAAAGGAACUGUUGAAGCGUGUCCUGCAGCAGAUGUUCAAGAGGGAAGCAGGUAAUGAGGAAGGUAACAAGGAAAAUGAUCCAUUGGCCGGCAUCGACAUGAUGGAUGCGGACCAACUCGGCUCCAAGCUCAAAGCCCUUCUCAACAACAAGAGGUUCCUCAUUAUGAUUGAUGAUGUAUGGACAGUAGCAGCGUGGGAUGCAAUCCAUUCCAAGUUUCCAAACAACAAAUGCGGCAGCAGAAUCAUUGUAACUACUCGGAUAGAGACUGUGGCCAAAGAAUGCAGUGAUCCAAGUGCUGACGAGUAUUACAUCUACCGCAUGCAGCCACUCAAUCCAGAAUACUCUCGGAAGUUGUUCCUCUGUAGAGCAUUUGGCACCAUGGCUGCUCCUCCUCAUGAACAACUUGAAGUUACAAUGGACAACAUUCUGAAGAAGUGUGCUGGGCUACCUUUGGCCAUUGUUAGCAUAGCCAGCCUCUUGGCUAGCUAUAAAUAUCCAGAGAGGAAAGAUAUGUGGGAAACCAUUUGCAAAUCAAUUGGUUCGCAGAUGGAGAGCAACCCUACCCUCGAGGGGAUGGGGCAAAUACUCACACUCAGUUACAACCACCUGCCUUAUCACCUCAAGGCUUGCAUGAUGUAUCUUAGCCUUUUCCCAGAGGACUAUGAAAUCAACAAAAAUAGGCUCUUGUACAGAUGGGUCGCUGAAGGAUUGGUUGAGGAUAAGCGGGGAUUGACUUUGUUGGAGGUUGCAAAAUCCUACUUUGAUGAGCUGGUGAGUAGGAGCAUGAUUAUUCCAGCAUCCUCUUGGGGGUACGCUGGAAGGAUUGAGGUGUGUCGGGUGCAUGACAUGAUGCUUGAGGUCAUGGUGUCGAAAUCCCUGGAGGCUAACUUCGUUAGCCUAGUAGGUGGGCACUAUGACGGGAUGUUUUAUGACAGGGUUCGUCGCCUUUCCAUCCAAGGGAUAGAACAUGAGAGGAGGCAUAGCAUGGAGCGGAUGGACAUGCAACAUGUCCGAUCGCUGAGCAUGUUUGAGCUCAAUGGGAAGAAUUUAUUUGAUCGCUUGAGGGAGUUCACCCUGCUGAGGGUACUUGAUCUUGAAGGCUGCCAAGGCCUUGAAAACAAGCAUGUGUUGGUUAUUUGCCAGAUGUACCUCCUAAAGUUCCUAAGCUUAAAGGGUACCGAUAUCAGUGUGAUGCCUAAUAAAGUCGGUGAGCUAGAGCACUUGCAAGUUCUUGAUGUGCGUGACACAAACCUUCACGAGCUGCCAGAAACAGUGAGAACGCUAGAGAAAGUUGAGCGCAUGGAUUUGUCCCACAGGAAAAAAUGGAUGAUUUGGUGGACGCUUCCCAAGGGGCUCUCUAAAAUGAAGGCGUUGCGCGAGGUGGCGCGUGCAGAGAUAGAUAAUGUUGAUGUUGCUCGAGAGUUUGGUGAACUAGGACAACUGCGUCACAUAUUCUUGUUUGUUAACGACCACAUGCAUGUUGACAAAAAAGGCGAUCCGAAGAUUCUCCGAGAGGUUGCCCUCUCCCUGAGCAAGUUAUACUCCCUUCGGUUUCUUGGCAUUGGACGCUUAGGGACCUGCGAAGGCAAACUGGAUUUUCUCGAUAGACUGCCCUCGCCGCCACGGCUCCUUCGGUACCUUUUCAUCGAUGGAGAAAUCACAAAAUUGCCACACUGGGUGAGCACACUAUCACAUCUUACCUUCUUUGGAGGUGUUUGGAUAAACUUAAGCGGUGACCACAUAUUCGGCAUCCUCUGUAAGCUGCCCAGUCUACAGAACAUCAAGCUGUGGCGGGCUUGCAUCCGUGAUAGUACACUUGUUCUACGUAGUACCCACCGGUUGCCAGUGUUGAGGGCCCUUUCUUUGUGUUCAACCUAUUGCUUCUACCCUGAAGUGAUCCAGUUCGAGAGAGGAUGCAUGGAUAGACUCGAGGAGCUUUCGGUGACAUUUCAUGAGGGUAGAGGGAGGAGAAUUGUUGGCAUCGAGCACUUGAAAAACCUUAAACAGGUGCAGCUUACUGGUAAGAGAAACAACGAUUCACUGAUCCUUGCACAGGAGAAGCUCAGGUCCGAGAGUAACAGACGCCCCAAGGCCAAUCAGUUUAAGGUUAUUGUGAGAUACGAGUAAUCACUCUCCUGUGAGUUGCAUGCUCUUGUCAUGCAUGUUUGUUUUAC